ACCACUGGGCAAGUUAUAACCUCGUUUUUAUUGACCCUUCAUAUCUAGUAUGUGGAUUAUGGUUGCAUAUGCAGCAUGACUUUAGUCAUAAGAGCACUAGAGCAGUGGGUUUAGAGAAGGCUGAGUUUCCCUUUUCUUUUUUUUGGUUCUGAUAGCCGAGAAAUUUUGAAGACUAAUGGUGUAUGUAUGGCAUGUAGUAUUUUGAAUAUUUUUUUUUCCUUCCUUUGUUUUACACUUAAAUGUAGAGUUGUUAUUUGUUGAAGGGUUUGAAGUUGCCAUGUGCAGCUAAUUCAUACAACACUUGUAGGUUUAUAUUUCCAAUCCACGAUAUUUGAAAUUAAAAAUUUCAAUACCCACUCUUACUGUUUUUAUUGAUGGUUCUUAAUAGCAAUAUCAAUUAAAAAGGAAAUAUGACAUCAACUUAACGAUUAAUGUUUAUGGAUAUCCAAUGUUUAUACCUAGCUAAACAAUAAUUUACCUUUGGAAUUGAUAAAUCAAAGUGAACAUGGCAAUAGCGAUUAAUUAUUAAAAAAUAUAUAUUAACCUUGAAAAUAAGUGAAAAUGCCAAUCUCACAUAUAAAUUUUUGAGAGUGAAAAUACCAUCUCACCAAUCUCGGUUGUUCCAUAUGGUUGAGGAGUGGUACAUAGCUGUUGGUGUUGUACUGUUUAAUUGUAGACGUUUCAAUUUUUGAGAGUAGAGGGAAACAAAGAGGUGUCAAAGCUAGAAAUACUCUCAUCAGCAAUACCACCUGUUCGUCUCCAAUUACUUGCGUGUUGCAGCACCGCACCGCACCGCAACUCUUCCCUUUUAUUCUCCACUCUUCACCAUGAUCUCCUCCUUCUAUGGCUUCCGAUUAUUCAUCCACCCUUGACGACCUUAAUCCAAAGGUUUUGAAAUGCGCAUAUGCUAUCCGCGGAGAAAUUGUUACCCAUGCUCAGAUAUUACAGCAAGACCUCACGGAGAAUCCAGGCUCUCAUCCGUUUAAUGAGAUAUUAUACUGCAAUAUUGGGAAUCCUCAUUCCCUGGGUCAGAAGCCUAUCACUUUCUUUAGGGAGGUCCUUGCAUUAUGUGAUCAUCCACUUCUUUUAGACAGAAGUGAAACAAAAGCUCUGUUCAGUGCGGACUCUAUAGAACGAGCUAUCCAGAUCCUUGAUCAAAUUCCUUGUAGAGCUACAGGUGCAUACAGUCACAGUCAGGGUAUCAAAGGAUUACGUGAUAAAAUUGCAUCUGGUAUUGAAGCUCGUGACGGUUUCCCUGCCGAUCCAAAUGAUAUUUUCUUGACUGAUGGUGCAAGCCCAGCAGUUCACAUGAUGAUGCAGUUGCUCAUCGGGUCAGAGAAUGAUGGAAUCCUCUGUCCCAUCCCCCAGUAUCCUCUUUAUUCUGCUUCAAUUACCCUCCAUGGUGGCACUCAUAUUUCAUAUUAUCUUGAUGAAGAAACAGGUUGGGCACUUGAGAUCUCAGAGCUUGAGAAUCAGCUAAAAACUGCAAGAUCCAGGGGUGUUAACGUUAAGGCUUUGGUUGUAAUCAAUCCAGGCAACCCAACUGGGCGGGUUCUUGCUGAGGCCAACCAACGGGAAAUUGUGGAAUUCUGCAGGAAAGAAGGCCUUGUUCUUCUAGCUGAUGAAGUGUAUCAGGAAAAUGUCUAUGCACCUGACAAGCAGUUCUACUCAUUUAAGAAAAUAUCCCGCUCUAUGGGAUUUGGAGAAAAGGACAUCUCUUUAGUUUCUUUUCACUCUGCCUCAAAAGGAUACUAUGGCGAGUGUGGAAAACGAGGAGGUUACAUGGAGUUCACUGGAUUUAGUCCUGAGAUAAGGGAACAAAUAUACAAACUGGCAUCUGUCAAUCUUUGUUCCAACAUUUCUGGUCAGAUUCUUGCAAGCCUCAUCAUGAGCCCUCCAAAGGUGGGCGAUGAGUCAUACGAAUCAUUUUCUGCUGAGAAAGAUGCAAUACUCUCAUCAUUGGCGAGGCGUGCAAAGAUACUAGAAGACGCAUUCAAUAGUUUGGAGGGAGUCACAUGCUAUAAAGCAGAAGGUGCAUUGUAUUCAUUUCCACGUAUUAACUUACCUGACAAAGCAAUAAAAGCAGCAGAAGAAGCUAAAACUGCACCAGAUGCCUUUUAUGCUUGGCGUCUCCUUAAUGCCACUGGAAUUGUCGUUGUCUCAGGCUCUGGAUUUGGCCAGGUGCACAAUAUUACCGCAAGAAGAGAAGAUACCAGCUAUUGUAUCUCGUUUUACACAAUUCCAUAAGCAGUUCAUGGAUGAAUUUCGCGGCUGAAGUAUCUGGGCGUUCUAUUAUAAAGAAUUUUGAAUAAGAACAUCUGGUAAGCUUUGUUUUAUUUUUCAUCUUCACUAAAACAAAUCAUACGAAAACUGGUAGGAUUGUUUACCUUUUAAUCUUAUUUGUAUUUGACCUGAUAUCUAUUUUUCUCCUUCUAGAUGAUCAAAGUGAUGUAAAUUUGUAACUAUUCUCUGGUCUGCUUAAAUAAGAAAUUUCUCCUUGGCUCUUUGCAUAUGUAAA